AUGGAAGUUUUCAUGGAUGAUUUUUCUGUUUUUGGAGAGUCUUAUCAGCAGUGCCUGAACAAUCUGGAGCUGGUGUUAUCUAGAUGUCAAGACAGUAAUUUGGUGCUAAACUGGGAGAAAUGCCAUUUCAUGGUAAGGGAAGACAUUGUCCUGGGUCAUAGAAUUUCAAAGAAAGGAUUAGAAGUGGAUAGAGCUAAAGUGGAAGUCAUUGAGAAG